UGCAAUGAUGGCCCAGUCGAACCAGCCACAACAUUUAGCUAGCCUCUUCUUCGCGCCGGCAACCAGCAUAGUUAGCUAGCUAACCUAAACUUCUAGCCAUUCAGUCAGCAACCACCACAGAUUUAGUAUUUUUGACCGAUUGGCAACGGGUAGCCAGUUAGCUAUCGGACUAUGGCUAACGUUAGCUAGCUACCGUAGCUAUUUAAAGCCACGUCGUUAGCCAAUCAGUUAACGUUAGCAAGCCAGAUACUGGUAUGUUCAUAUUGUUAGGCUAGCAACGUUAACCAGCUAGAUAACGCUACUAGUUAGCUAGCUAAUGACAUUACGUUAGCCAACGCCGGUUUGUUUGAACUAGCCAGUAACGUCGUUAGCUAAUGACUGGCAUGAUGACAUUACCACAACUGAAAAGCAAGCCAAAGCUGUCCUUGGACCUGAUGUGAUGGAAGAUUGCCCUGAAUGUUCAAAAUAGCUUGUUGAAACGCUUUAGGAAAUGGACAGAAGAUUAGAAGGAAAGCUUAGGAUCAGCCAGAAAGAGAAAGUGUCCAGUAAUAACACUACACAGUCGCCAUUGAAGACGGGCAUCGUGAUCCAGGACGACUCCCCACACGCUGCGCCCCCGCCCCAGAUCCGCAUUCUGAAGCGGCCCUCCAGUAACGGGUCGUUAGGGUCGCCCCAGGGCCAGAACCGGCCCGUGCCACAGGUCAAAUCCCUGGCCCAGCGGGAAGCGGAGUACGCUGAGGCCAGGAAGAGAAUACUGGGCAGUGCCAGCCCUGAAGAGUCGCCUCAGGAAAAGCCCAACACAGACAGACCAGGGCGUACAAAUUCUACCACACCUCCAGAGGACCGAUCGAACAAUCAUGCUGUCCGCCAACCAGCAGGCCCCGACGGCACUCAAGGCUUCUGCCAAAACAGAUAAGUGGAAGAGGGGCAAUCCUGUUAUUGGGAGAGAUGGAGAGGAAGAUGAAAUGUCUGGGCUCCAGGGGGUAUCACAGGGUUUUAAAAACCAUUUCCUUCUAUUCCAUGGUAUGGGAUCAGCUGUGAAUCGGAAUGCAAAUGUCCUCCCCUCUCAUGGCUCCCACUGGUAAUGUGGGAUGGAUUAGAGGCUCUGUAGGAAGCAUGCUUUCUCCCCCUCUCCAUCCCACCCCCACUGUUUAACACUGUGAUAAAGGACAUCUUCUGCCUAUUGUGAUGAUCCCUUUAAGUACCCCACCCUACACCCACGUUGUCCAAGGAGUCCUCUCCUUCUCUCGUCAUGGGAAACCUAUGGGGCUUUUGCUUCUAUGCGGCUAAUUUGGUCAUCAGCCAUGGACACUUCCAUAUGGAAAUACUGAGAGCAGAGGAUGCUUAACAGAGGACAGAAGAGUAGUGACUGAAGCAAAAUGAGGGUAGUACAGUACCUUCAAAAGUAUUCAUACCAUUUGACUUAUUCCACAUUUUGUAUUAAAUCAUUUUUUCUCAUCCGUCUACACAUUAUACCCAAUAAUGACAAAGUGAAAACAUGUUUUUUCAUAAGUAUUGAAUGAAAUAUCUCAUUUACAUCAGUAUUAACACCCCUGAGUCAAUACUUUGUAGAAGCAGCUUUGGCAGCGAUUACAGCUGUCUUUUUGCAUAAGUCUCUAAA